GUUAAGAAAGAAGGAAUAAAAGGUGGAGCCUGCAUCGGUGUAGGUUGUAGUUUUGGGCAGUAGACGUGGACAUCAUCUUGCCUGGGAAAUAAAGAUUAAAGUACUCUAGACUUGAUUUGAAACUACUUUCAAUAUGUUGGUUGUUUUCAUUAUGAUCACGGCAUUUGUGUCGUGUUCAGCUCAAGUACAGUGUCCAGACAAUACAUACCAAAUCUACAAUGGACAAUGCUAUCACCUUGGUUCGUAUUUUGGUAACUGGAGUACUGCGCAGGACAUUUGCGCCUCCUACGGCCUGUCAGUGAUGAGUUUUAGAUCAAUGGCUGACAUAUCAGCUUUUGUCAACUCUGAUACCUCUAUACUCUGGGUCGGCGCCACAGACAUCGCAAACGAAGGGCAGUUUGUUUGGGACGACACACGUGAACCAAUCACUGUGGACUUUCAGAACAUCGUUGACAUGACUACAAAUACAGAUAGUAAUGAUUGCCUGGUGGCUAGAUAUAUGAAUACUCCACCUAAUAGAGUCUAUGCUACUGAUUGUGGAACUACAUCCGCUGCUUCAUAUUGUAUGGGACCACUUAAUUCUGAAGAAACUACCACACCACAAGACACUACCAGCACCACCAGGAGGACAAAAAAACCAUGCAAGAAAGGCUAGGGAGACUACCACUGAGAAUGUGUGCUUGCCCUGGAAAUCAUUGGAAUCAACAUUUAUUUAACUAUGAAGUUGGACGACAUGAAAUUUAA